GAAGGUUCGUCAACAAACACACUGACAGACCUGAGCUUGUGAGGACAUGGUCCAGCAGUUUACCCUACCAAGCCUUUUGUUUUCAUGAAACAAAUCUGGUGGUCUUAAUCAUCCUGUUUGACCAGGAGUAAAUGUAUAAGCCUGAAAGGGUGUGCAGUGUUGUGAGUGUUGAAACAGAGGGUGUAGAUUCUUCAGAGGAGCUGGGUUCUACUUUAUCACUCAGUCUCAAAGAUGGCAGAACUGAUCGCCACUGCAUAUAAACCACUAAUGCUACAGAUUUUUUCUCCACUCCUGCUCAUUUCUGUUUCGACGAUCAUUGGAACUACCCCAUUGGUUGCUUGGAGCUUGAUGCUGAUUAUACAGUUAUCAAGAUGUUGAUGAUUGGAUGACUGUCAGGAGCUCACUUCUCAUUGGAUAGUACCUAGAGACUACCAGCUAUCCCACAGCUCUUGGUCAUGUGGUGGGUUCUCCUGUUGGUGCUGGUGUCUCUAAUUAUGUUGACGGUGUGUGGAAACGCAUUGGUGUGCUUGGCUGUGGCCACCAGCCCCAAACUGCGCUGCAUUGCCAAUGGUUUUGUUGUGUCACUAGCGGCAACAGAUUUGCUACUGGGCCUGCUGGUGCUGCCCUUCUCUGCGGCCUUAGAGCUGCACCAGGACUGGCCGUUGGGGAGCGCCCUCUGUAAUGUCUACAUUAGCCUGGACGUCAUGCUCUGCACCGCCUCCAUCCUCAACCUGCUCGCCAUCAGCAUGGACCGCUACCUGGCGAUCACUGCCCCAUUAAAGUACCACACCAGGGUCACGCCUGCCCGCUUUGCUGCAGCAUUGGUGCUAAUUUGGACUGUGUCCCUCACUGUGUCAUUCCUUCCUAUACACUUGGGAUGGAACACUCUAGACUUCCGCAUACAGAACCAGAACCUGGACCAUGCUCAGGUAGCCAGUGAGAAGAUGUGUCGCUUUGAGUGGAAUCGCAGUUAUGUGCUGUUGGACUCACUGGCCACCUUCUACCUGCCCCUGUUGGCCAUGUGUCUGAUGUACUAUCGUAUCUUCCGAAUCGCGCGAGCUCAGGCUAGACGGGUUGGCGUCGCCUCUGCCUUGCGGGACCACAAAGCCACAGUGACGCUGGCAGCCAUUCUGGGGGCCUUCGUUUUCUGCUGGUUCCCAUACUUUACCUUCUUCCUUCUCAUGGGACUGUGUGAGGAGAGGAAGCCCCCAAAGGAACCCUACUCCAUUGUGCUCUGGUUGGGCUACACUAACUCUGCCCUUAACCCACUGCUGUAUGCUACUCUGAACCGCGACUUCCGUCGCGCAUAUGGCCGGCUGCUGCAUUGCCCGACAGUGCUCAAGACCCCUAGAGUGUCCAGCCUGAUCUCCUGGCAACAAAGGUCCUUAAAGGAGACUUCUGGAUGUUCGAUACCUUGUGACAUUGUGACCACUGAGGAGGAGCAGUGACAGUUUUCAGGAGGGUGAUUCAAACGUUAUCAGAAGCACACAUACUCAGUCUUUAGCUGCCGAACUGGAUUCUAGCGUCAGGCCAGU